UGGAGCUGGAGCGCCACCACUCUCUCUACAACCUUCCCCAAAAAGGGGAGAUUGGAGACUGGAUGGAAGCUACUAUUUAUUUAUGUAUUUAUUUGUUCAAUUUAUUUGCUAUCUAUCUGAUCAUGUGGUUAUUCUAGGUCAGUGCCCCCGACCUUUUGGGCAGCAGGGACUGGUUCUGUGGAGAAAGGUUUUUUCUGUAAACUGAAGGGGAUGUGAUUUUACAUGCUGCCUGCAUCCUGUAGAUGGGCUUUGCUUGUUUGCAUGGUCUGGUUGCUGGCAUGCCAAGGAUCAAUGCCAGUCCAAAGACUGGGGGUUGGGGACUCUUAUUCUAGGUGACUUACAACAAUAAAAUAUAUUCUAUUAAAAAUGCUGAAUAUAGAUGUCAAGCCCCGUGGGCUCGACAUUCAAGGGAGGGGGAGAAACCAAAAGCAGCAGCGCAUGGACCACCAUCGACAGCAGCACCGCCAGUGAACGUAGCACCACCGAACAGCCGGGAGGCCAGUCAGCCUGAUUCCGGGGCUGCUGAUCAGCUGGCAGUCCUGUACAGCCUCCGCACCACCGGCAGCCAUCCGCAGCACUGCUGAGCAGCCGGGAGGCCAGUCGGCCUGGUUUUGGGGUCACCAAUCAGCUUGCGGUCCUGUACGGCCUCCGUGCCUUUUGCAGCAUUGCCAGACAGAUGGGAGGCCUCCGAUUGGCUGAGCGCUGCAUGGCAAAGGCGACAAUGCCAGCAAGUACCGUGGGGUACCCGAGGGUGAAGCAGAGGCUUACCGGAACAGAGAACAGCUCCGACGCUUUGCUGUGCAACGCCAACCAGCAGAGAUAUGACAGCAGGCCAGGGGGAACCUUUAAAAACAAACACCGGAUGCUGGCCUGCUGUAUGUGUGUGUGUGUGUGUGUGUGGGGGGGUGGAGCUGCAGGGAGGAAAGUAUUUAACGCGCUGGGAGCCAAGCCCUUCCUGUGCUGACUUUGUGAAUCAUUGGAUUAAAGCAUUUGUUGAAGUGUUCCUGUGUGCCAGUCACCCUAUUCUUCUUCUGCCGUGUCUGAGGAGGCUAGGAAAGCCAGUGCUCAUCCCUUUUUGUUACCCUUCCCAUUACCCUUGUGUGCUUUCAAGGGAAUGGCUGAGGGAAUGCAGGAGGCAACACCGGUGGCUGAAGGAGGAGAACCAGCUGAGGCUACCAGGCCAACGUCUGAUGCAGAAGGUGGGGAGCCUAGCUGGUGGUAAGGCCCAAGGUGCGGGAGGCACGGCUAGAAGUUCCGGUGAGUGAGGCUCAGGAUGCAGGGGCCCCAGACCCUUGGGGGGGGGGUAAUGGCACAGCUCAGUGAUCACCAACCCGGACGCUGGUUGUGCACACACACCGGGGGCUGCAGAACCUCUGAUGGAGUGGGGGGAGAGGUGUCUCACAGAUGAGGAUGACAGGGAAUGGAGCUACUCCACGGCACCUGGACAAACCACCAUAGACAUCCUGAGGGAUAGGUAUGGUGAGGCCGGAUUCCAGGACUCAUUCCCAUGGUCAAGAUGGGAAGCGGGCCGUGAGAUGACUUCAUAGUUCUGGACAGAGACACAGCCAUCCAGGUAAGGCCCACCUCGGUUCCAUUUAGCCAGCCCUAGGUUCAGGGUGGCUCCCUAAGUCGGAGGCUCCGAUCUAGUAGGACCAGCAGACCAAACACGGCCUCUGUGGGAAGGCAGAUCGGUAAUGGAUGCAGGCAGAGUGCCCACUCAUACUGAUGAGUCCAUAGACAGGGUGUCAGGGGGAAUACAGGGCCCUGAUUGAUUCUGGCUGCACCCGCUGCCUGAUUAGUAAGGGCGUUGUGGCUGAGGCCGGGAUUGGGGUGCGGCAGCUGGCCAACCCUAUUAAAUUUGAACAGGUGGAUGGAUCCCUUCUGGGGGGGAGGCUACCCUUGUAACGGAGCCUGUUAGCCUAGGGAUGGGGGCCCAUUGGGAGGUUCUCUGGUUUAUCAUGGUUCCUUCCAUGACCGAGGCCAUGAUCCUAGGACUGGCAUUGUUGGACAAGUGGGACCCUACGAUUUGGUGGGAAGGGGGAUACCAAAAACUGCGGACUGGGAUCAGUCCCCAGCCACCAGACCAAGACCCAGAGAAAGGAGAUGGAGAAGGGAGUAGGAUGGCAAUCGCAAGUCAAGAGAGUACCAGGGGGAAACCCUCCUUUCCAGCAGUGUAUGCCGACCUUGCUGAGGUGUUCAGCGAGGAGGAGUGUGAUGUCCUGCCUCCUCACCGGCCAACUGACUGUGCAAUCAACAACUGCCCAAACCCUGGAUGACGCCCAGGGAGAUGUAGGAGCUGCGUCGAUAUACUGACCGGAACCUGGUGAGGGGCUUUAUCCAACCGGCCCAUUCAUAGAUAGCAGCUCCUGUUCUGUUCAAAGAGAAGAAAGACGGCUCCUUGAGGUUGUGUGUUGACUUCCGUGGCAUCAGUGGAGUUUGUGUGGAGAACAUGUACCCCCUGCCACUCUUGAAAGACUUGUUAGCCCAUCUGGCAAAGGGAAAGGUGUUCACCAAGCUGGACUUAUGGGAGGCAUAUUACAGGGUCCGCAUCAGACAAGAAGAUGAGUGGAAGAUAGCCUUCAACUGCCCACUUGGUAGCUACCAGUUCAGGGUGAUGCCAUUUGGGUUGCAGGGGGCCCCCGUGGUAUUUAUGCAGCUCAUCAAUGAGGUGCUGCAUGAACACCUAUACUGUGGAAUGCUAGCAUACCUGGUCAACAUCUUAAUAUACACUUCCACCGUGGAGGAACACAUCUGAUUGGUGAGACAGAUGCUGGAGAAACUGUUGAAAGCACAACUGUUUGUAAAACUCUCUAAUUCUACCAAACUUGGCUGGACUAUCUGGGCUACAGGAUAUCAGGGGCAGGGGUGGAAAUGGACUCUAACAAGGUCAGGGCUGUGCUAGAGUGGCAAGCGCCACGGACCCAUUGUCAACUGCAGUUUCCUAGGGUUUGCCAACUUUUAUCGGCAGUUUAUCUUGUUUGCAGCGGUAGCUCUACCCCUGACAUACCUGCUCCGCACACGACAAACUGCAAUGAAGCCACGGCCCGGUCAGCCACUAGUGUGGACCAUGGCAUGCCAAAAGGCCUUUGAGGACCUAAAGGUCCUGUUUGCAAGGGAGCCGGUCUUGCUCCACCCAAGUCCCGACAUGCCAGUUGUGGUGCAGGCAGAGGCCAGUGACAUCGCGAUGGGAGCAGUGUUACUGCAAAAGAACAGCCAGGGGUGUUACAGCCCUGUGCCUAUAUGUCACGGAAACUGAUGGAAACUGAGAGGGCAUGGGCCAUUUGGGAGGAGGUGUUUGCCAUAUGGUGGCCGUUGUCCACAUGGCGACACCUACUAGAGGGGGAGAAGAAACCAUUUGAGGUCUGAACAGACCAUAAGAACCUCGAGGUGUUGCAGUCAUGGAGGCACUUGUCUCCCAAACAUAUCUGUUGGGCGCAGUACUUCCAACACUUCCGUUUCUGUUUGAGGUAUGUACCAGAGGGGAAGAACUUUCUUGCCAAUGCUCUGUCACAAAUGCCUCAAUAUGAUAAUAAGCGGGAGGAGGUAGUACAGGCAAUCAUGCCCCCCUACCGGCAAGCUGCAGCGUGGGUGGUACUGCAUAACCUGGCUGUCAACCUGGUCCAGGAGCUGCACAAGGCAGUCCAGGAUAACCCCUGGUCACAGGAACAUCCAGGCCUACUGACAUGGAGUGAUGACCUAGCAUGGAAAGGCAACAAGCUGUAUGUCCCACAGGCUCUAUGACAGGGAGUGUUACAAUGGUACCAUGACGUAAAGCAAGCGGGACAUUUCGGGUUCCUUAAAACCCUACAUCUGGUGCAGGGACUGGUAAGGAUGCUGACAAUAGACACAUUUGUAUCUUUUCCUCCAAAUAGUCAUAAGCUACUCAUGCUUCUUGAGGAAAGCAAUUCACUGUAUUGGGGAUGUUUUGAGAAGUUAAGGCACACUUAAAAAAAGCAUUACUUUUUGCAACAUCUUCAAAAUUAUAUAGGUAUUACCUAGAUAAAACCAAUAUUUUAAAUUUGUCCAAAUAAGUAUUUCUUAUUUGAACCUUAGUAACAUAAUUUGUUUAUACUUCCAAUAAGAUCAUACAAAAAACGUACACAACAAUUUAAUUAUAUCACGAUACAAAUACCCAAACACAAAUAUAUUUUCCCACAAUUAGCUGUGUUAUUCAAAUCAGACAUAUUUAAUGGUUAACCAGGUGCAUAAGCAACCUAAUUUCUUUUCCUGUAAAAUUGAACAGGAAGCACAUGGUAACAAAUAUAUAUAUAUUAUGGUUACCUCAAAUGUCGCCUUCAUGCCGUCUGAUAUUAAACAACAAGAUAAGGUUGUACCAUUGCAAGAGGACAAAACGAGAAGACUUCUGAAUAGUUUCCUCUUGGAAAACAGAGGUAUUAAAGAAAGGAAGGAACGCAAACAUGGAAGAAGAUUAUUACGAUGCAUUUCUUAGCAACAACACUUCUGAUGAAAGUUACUCAUAUGAAACCUUUUUGGGGUUCAAGCGAGUUUUCCUUGUCUGCAUGUAUUCAUUUGCCUGCAUCUUUGGAGUGACAGGGAACUCUUUGGUUAUCAUAAUUCUGGUUUUUUACAAAAAAGUGAAAAUGCUUACAGACAUAUUUUUAGUGAGCCUGGCUAUUGCUGAUUUCAGCUUUCUUUGCACGCUGCCCUUCUGGGCUUAUUCUGCUGCAGAAGAGUGGAUCUUUUAUACUCUCCCAUGUCAAAUCAUCCUUGGUUUUUACACCUUGAAUCUGUAUGGUUCUAUGUUAACUCUCACUUCUAUAACUGUUGACAGAUAUUUUGUAAUUGUGCAAGCAACCAAAACCCGUAUCAGUCAACACAAAAGAAGAUUCUGGGGUAUUGUGGUCUGUAUUUCAAUUUGGAUAAUCUCUCUGCUGCUUGCUUUGCCGCAGUUCAUCUUCAGUAUAGAGGAAAAGUUAGACAAAAAGAUAUGUUUUGCAAAUUAUGCUUCCCCAUCUAUUCAGCUGUUCACCGAAACAAUUCAGAUGACACUUGGAUUCUUCUGUCCUAUGCUCUUCAUGAUUAUAUGCUAUUCAAUCAUUGUAAAAACUUUACUCAGUGCUAAGGGCUUCCACAAGCACAAAUCCUUACAAAUAAUAUUUGCUAUUAUUGUAACUUUCAUUUUGACACAAAUGCCCUACAACCUUUUGAAACUCAUGCGGGCCUCAGACCGUAAUAUCAUGCUCGACUAUAGGUUUGAGUACGCUUUGAUCAUCACAGAAGCAAUUGCUUAUUUCCAUGGUUGCCUCAACCCAGUUCUCUAUGUCUUUAUUGGUGAGAAGUUUAGAAAGAACUUAGCAAAAGUUCUAAAAAAUAAUUGUUGUGUUAAACAUCAAGUUACAAGACAGUGGCAUACAACUGAUGAAAAUGGCUCCAAAAGUGGUACUGCCACAAAUAAUGCAGAGGAAACAAGCAUGGUUCCCUUAUAAGAGACCUGAGACAUAUUCAUAUCUUCAGGCUGAUUUCAGUUCUAGUUUCCCUGAGCACUCAUGAAAACAAGCAAGUUUCUAAAUAGCUAUCACGACUGUAAAAUAGUAGUUUUCUGGCAAAAAAAAAUGAACAGAAUCUCACUGCAGCCUCAAUUCUUAUGUUAUAGAUUUCAUCUGAGGAAAUAAAGACAAAAUAAAAAUAUGCUAAAUUAUAUAGCAGUUUUAGAACAAAUUCUAAAAUGCUUAGGCUAAAUCUUGGCAUCUUUUAAUUGUAAUCUAUUGCUAUUUUGAAAUGCACUGCCAGAAAUUAAGAGUAGUUUGAAGAAAUCACUAAUAUUUUAGCUUGCCUUUGUUCAAUAUAAGAACCUAUUCACAUUAAUCACUGAUAUUUCUAUACAGCUUAAAGGAGAGCCUAAUACAUGUAUUUGUUUUUCUUCUGCUUUUCAUAGUGAAAUAUGCUUUACCCUGACUACAAUAUUGAUCUAUACAGACCUUCUAUUCCUGCUGAUAAUAGAUUCAUGAGAUAUUGAGUAAAAGAGCGUUCAUAAACUUUGUUCCCUCAAUUUAAAACCAAUUGUAUGGCACCUAAUUCAGUUACAGAAUGUUGCCUGGCUAUUAUUAUUAAAUAAAAUAAUAUGACUAAAUAAACAGUUGGCAUCUACUGAAAUAACUCUAAAUUCUAUUUUCCCAUUUGCAGAUAGGGAGGGAAGGGAAAGAAACACUUUAGGCCAGGCUUUGCCUCGGACAUUUUCUCUGGUUUUCACACAAUUCUAAAAUGUAAUUUGAUUUAUAUGAGAUCUUCCCUUUGUUGAUUGGUAGAAAUGAAAAAAACUGGCCAAAGAAAUCAGUAUCUUCAAGAUUAUGCCUGAGUUUAUUAUACAUUAUUUUGCAGUAAGUCCUAUGGAAUUCACUACCGCUUUCUCUGUCCGCAGCAGUCAGAUUCGUCCUGUCAAACCUAGCAGACAACUUUACCUCCCAAAAAGUAGAGAAGGGAACUAGGGGAUUAGCUAUUUUGGAGCUAAUUCUCACUAACAGAUGAAAU